AUGGAAGCAUCAGAUGUUUCAGAUGCAUGUGUUGAUAGGAAUAUAUACAGUACAUUCAGCUGCAGCUACAUCUCAGACAAAGACUCACAGACUGAAGGACAACAAUUACACAAUGAAUUGACCCUGGCUCAGAGUGGCAAGAAAGCAUCAAAGCAACUUGUGACCAUGGCUGCUGCUGAUCACUUACGUGCAUCUGCAGAUGUUCUGAACCAUGGGUCUGGCAAGGACAAGUUGCUUGUCUAUGGAGGACAGGAAGACGCAGUGGCUGAAAAAAUGGUACUCAGUAUUCAAGGCUAUCUGCUGAAGACCAAGUUACCACCCAUCACAAAGGAGUCUGAGCACACGACUUACCCUACAAAACAUAUACAUAGCGCAGACCAAGAUCCACUCUUUGACCAGGGAGCUGUUGCGGUUCUUGCAAUUCAUCAAUUCCUGGAAUCAAGGCUUGGGUCGGGGUCGUUGCAAGAUAUGGAUGUCAAGCGAGAGCAGGGACACAUUGUUCUUGACUUUCAUAACCGCCAGGUUACAGAUGAGGUCUUCACAGCCGAUAAUGCUGUGCAGUUCUAUGAGCGGGUCAAGCUGGAUGGAUCUAGUUGCAGAAUGUACGCACAGAUUAGGCUGACUGGGAUCAAUCAGGAACACAUCCAAGCAGCCUUGCGGAAGACUUCACCUACCCAGAGAGUAAAACGGAAUGUGUGCUAUGAGGAUGAUGACAGUGAAGUUGAGGAAGCCAGAGAGGAUACCAUUCACAUAAUAGACAGCUACAUUGGGAUAUACAUGCCUGGCAAAGUGGAGUUGAAUCCACGUAAUAAUCAGACUGGCCUCAAGCCCUUGCAUAUAUGGCUCGUCCUUCAACUGUUUAUCUUCCCCAUGGCACACGGGGCAUAUGAAGCUCCACACAUCCUGUAUGGCAGAGAAGUCCAACCACCCAAGACACUGGGCACAGACAUCCCGGGUGCAGCGGCAACAGGUGACAAGGCUGCCACCGUUAUGGCACCGGUAACAGUACUGCAAAUGUGUCAUUCAUCCGCUAACAAUGGUUGCUGCGUUGUCAAUAAUCAGACAAUCCUACACUCUUUGAUGUGUUCUGUGUGGUCCGAGCCAUGGUCUGCAACAACACUGUGGAAGGAAGCAUAUGGCUUCUUGUCAGAGCCCAUCAAUCUGAUGCGGAUAGAAGCAGAUAGCUUUGUGUCCGUGAUCAUCAAUUUGAUGCUAAUAGAAACUGCUGCGGAAGGAAGCAUAUGGCUUUGGGUCACAGCCCAUCAAUAUGAUGCAGAUAGAAGCAUAUAG